GGACACCGAGCAGCACAGAGAAACAGUCUGUUUUCAGCUCCCAGUUCACUGUAGCUCUCCUGCCAGACAGCACUCACCCAUCCACCAUCACACACUCUCAAAAACAUUCACUCUCACUAUACGACAGCUGACAACACCUUUUCAUUUUCUCAGCAGCAGCAAAAACUCAAACAGCCAGAUCCAAAAGAGAAGAAAAAAACAGACUUGAUUUGUACUGCAGACACACCAGCUCCAAGGCGGCUGGGUCGAGGCUGGAGAGGGUGACUAGAGAAUGGAAUGGAACCUCAGAAGGAUGGAAAGUGAACUGAGGCACAUCAACCCUGACCUGCUGCAGCCCAGCAAGAGCUUUAAGAAGCCCUCUUCAGGCACCAUCACCAUCAAUGUAGGGGGGUUCCUGUACACUGCCCACCGGACCACCCUUGCCAAACACCAGGGUUCCUUUCUGGAAGAGCUGGCCAACGGUAAGAAGCCGGUUCAGCACACCGAUUCCAUGGGCAACCCAUUCAUUGAUAGAGAUGGUCCAGUUUUUCGCCAUGUGCUCAACUACCUCCGAACCGGAGAGCUCCAGCUGCCUGACGACUUCCGGGAAGUAGGGCUCCUGCGACGGGAGGCUGAUUUUUACCAUCUGAGUGAACUGGUGGAAGCCGUGGUCGAGUGGGAAAGUCAGAGGACGGCCCAGCGGGAGGCCGCCUUUUUGGAGAUGACGGAUAGCCAUGAGAGGUCGCAGGGUCUCAAGGUGUACUGCAGUGACUCCGCCUUCAUCGACAAGGUCAAAGGGCGACUGGUGCAGAUCUCCAAGAGUCGCCUGGAUGGCUUUCCGGAAGAAUUUGUGGUGUCGUCCAACGUGAUCCAGUUUCGACACUUCAUCAAGUCGGAGCCGGGAUCGCGGCUCGUGCUGAAGGAGGACAGCACAUUCUUGUGCACGCUUGACUGUCUGAAACUAGAGACAGUGAUGCUAGCGCUGAAAUCAGGCUUCAAGUUGGUCACCAGCCUCGACAGCAGCAAAGGCUCUGUGGUAGCGGCUGAGGCCCUGCACUUUGUCAAGUAGGAUAAAGGGAAAUAGAAAAAAGAGAGGGGAGAAGGGGAGGUAGAUAAGUAAAAGAGUAGUGCCUGAUUUUAUAUCCACCCCGCUAACAUAAGGUAUUGGCUUUAAGAUCUUGUAACGUGCUGAGCUGUAAUGUGUCAUUGGAUGGGAGAAGAAGAGGUGGGUUUGGAAUGUCUCACAGGACAGUGUUUUAUAUCUUUACUGCACAAUGCUGGUUUUUAAACACAGGAUUUGAUAGGUUUGGGGUAACAGUGAGUGAUUCAACCUUUACACUGCUUUGUAAGCUAGUAUUUAUGGAAUUCAGAAUGAUCCAGAUCAACUUAGCAUUUAUGAUAUUUAAAUUGCAUUGCAUUGGCUAUCAUACAAAAAGUACAACUCUAUACUGUAAUAUGGAAGACAAGCCAAUGAAUCUUUCCAUAGAGAAGAGCAAGGGAUCAAACAGAGUCUGAACAUCAACAGCUUUAUCAGUGGAUUUGUCUCUGCACAAGAACUGCUUCUGCUGCUUUGUCAACAGCUGCAAAAGCUGUGACGUGCACCAUUGUGCCAUUCAGCUUUUACUACAGUCUGUGGCUGUGUGUAUGUGUUUGUUGCUAUUUACUGUGUGUGCUGUGUUUAGUUAGUUUAAUAGCUUGUGUUUAGUUUAUUAGCCUCUCUGGAGCCUGGAGGGGAAACCACAGUUCAUUGAGGUUGUUUUUGGAUAAACUAACAAACUUCACAUCCAAAAUCAGACUGAAGCAACACAAACUGUUUCUCCGACCAUGUGGACAAGUUGAGUUUAAGUGCAAAGAACAGUUAAUAUUGUAAGGGCUUUGAAUCUAGCAUGAUGCAUGUGCACUAAAUAAACGGUGUGUUUGUUAGUGCUGUGAGCCUCUGUGAAGUCAGUGCCACAACAAUGCCUAUUACUUUUCAAUGUGAAUAUUUUACAAAUAAAAGUGACACUGAAACUA